GUCACUUGGGAGUGGAGUGGAGCCAACGUUGAACAUUGACGCCGCACACCCCGACCAGCACACACACGCCUGCUGCACCUUCGUCAACCCUCGCGCGGGCUUCAACUACUCACUCACCUCUAAGGAACCUUGUAUCACCCACUACACCCAAAAAUACAAAAGAGGGUUGACGAAGAGCAAUUAUUGUAGAUCUGAGUCCAAUCAAGUAUACAAAUAAUUGCAAGCCACAAUUAAAGUGUGCUAAAGAAGUCAGUGGUCAUUAUUACUAGUGGACCAAGUAGCAUCUCUUGAUAAGAAGCCAUCGACCAAGACUGAAUACGAGGUCCACAGCAUCCCUCUUGGGAGUGUUACACCUCACGACCACAGCUGCUCGUCUCCAGGGAACACCCUACCAGCUAAUCACGCCAGGCAACUUGAUUGGCAUGGUUGGUCCAGAUAUGCUGUGUGGAGCGGCAUGUUUCAUGGGUCCAGAAGUGGGAGAGGGCAGCUCUCCUGACCAUGCACUGUUAUACCGGGGUGGUGUGGUUACAGUCAUCCAAGCUACUUCUGCCGAUCUCGCCUCCCAGGGUCUCUCGCCUUAUCCUCAUGUCCAUCUAACUACAGAGCACGCACUUUCAGUCACUCGUGCUCUUGCCACUCUACAUGCUCACACACUCAUAAAGCAAGCAAAACAAAGCAAAAGAUCUUGGGGAUCUUCAUCUCAAAUUAAACAAACUGAAAGAGAAGUUCACUCUGCUACUUCAGCCACUACAGAUGCAGAAGAGAGUAAUACUGGGGAGAGCAAUGAUGCAAAAAGUUGCAGGCCAGUGGAAAGAGGCUGUGUGAAUGAUAAGUGGACUGCACAAGUAUCACGGUUAAACAUUGUCGAGGCAAAUUUGUCAAUUUUGGUAGAUACUUUACAGAAUACUGGCAGCAAUGAAAGAACCGUUCGACGAUUGGAGGCUCUGCAGUCUGACCUUCCAACAUUAACACAGUUUUUGCAAUUUGCCUCUGCCAUGCAGAUUUGUAAAGUACCUAGUGUGGGUCCUGUCUGCACUAGAGAUAUUUGGAUCAGACCACAGGAGGGGGAAGAAGAUGAAGAUAUGAUUGCAAUAAGAUUAAGAGGUGGUCAAGAAAUGGAAAGUCCACCACUCCGUGAUGCUGCUUGGGUCUGGCUCACUCUACUUGAAGGAGAAACACUACAUGACCGUUAUAUGGAGCUCUGUGAUGAUUACUGUAAUGCUUUUAAUAAAGUACUUCUUCGCCAAGAGGCAACAUCUGAUGUGGAGGAACUCUCUUAUUUUGAUGUAAUGCGAGAUCUAGGCGAAAAUUUCUUGCAUGCCUUCAUCACUAUAAUACACAAGUUUGUUGUCUCCGGUACUUGGUUUUUCGAUCGCCAACUCCACACUGAGGAAGGCCUUCAAUCAUUAGUUGAGGUGAUAAACUUUUUGGUGGAUAAUGGCAUUGUUGGAUCUAUUUUUGUUAUCUGAUACUUGCUCAAUCCUUUUCAGUUGGUUUCACAAGGAAGAGAUGUAUUACUGAACAGUAGUAAAGUCCACAUAUAGAUUUUGGUAUAGCAAGUAUUACUUGGGAAGCAAUUUUCAACUAGUAAACAAGGCUCCCCAUUACCAUUCUUGAUGCCAACACAGCACAAGUUUAUAAUUCUAAUACAGAACAGUGAUAAUGAAAACUAUUUAAGAGUAAAAAGGUUAGUGCCACGUAUAACUGUGCUUAGACGGCAGUUGUACUCUCUUGCUUGUUGAACACGUUGCCAAUCUAGUAGCUAUAUUCUGUUACCUAUCUACUACUGGCGCAUCACUACACAGCACAUGUGGCCAAAGCAAAUGGUUGUCCCCAACACAAAUUCUAUUAUUAAAACAUUAAAGUUGUUUCAAGCUAAACAGCAUAAAUGAAACUUUAGUGAUAUCAUAUAUCCUAAGGAAUUAUAUUGUAAUACUGCACAAGUAUUUUAUAUAUCAUGUCAUAUACAUACUUGUAUUUUUAUAUUUCAUGUGGGUAUGUACCAACAGUACAUACCUGUGAAUGAAAACAACCCCUGGAGGCCAUAUAAUAGAAACAACAGGAAAAGCCAUCUGAGUCUAUGAACACAAGAGGAACAUUCUGGAAAAUUAUAAACAGUAAUUUCAAGUAUGGAAUCCGAUGGAGAAACCACAACAAUUCAUCCUAAAACACACUCUACCAGAUAAUAAACCCCAUCACACAUGGGCAACAGCCAUUGGCCAUACUAACCAUUAUGCAGAAGGACAGGCAUGCUGGGUGUAGGGAAAUAAUCUAGGUGAAGAAUAUUAAACCUUGACAAGUGUGAGUAAGCAGACAUAGGUCACAAAGUGUCAAUAAGUGAUCCAUGCUCACCUUUGGCUCUUAAACAUUCACAGGAGCAGGGCCAGCAUGACAGGCAGGUCUUUCACUUGCACAAGUACACAAGUCUCACUCUCUCUCAAUGCUAAUGUUUUUCUAAGCUGAGAAUACAGUCUCCUUCCUUAGAAGGAACUCCACAAUCCUUUAGAACAUGCAUAGCUGGUUGGGUACAGGAAAAUGCAACCAUACCCCAAAGAGGGAAACCCUGGCAAUGGUCAGAGUGAAAUGGAAUCCAAGGACACAUGCAAUAACAGUGACAAACACAAUCAUGGAGCAUAAACAAAGAUAAAGAAAUAGCCACUAGCAGAAUACACUUGUUCCCCUCCCUUGUAAAAUGAGCCAGAUUCUGCACCUGGCUCCGGGUAGGCAAAAGAUGGAAUUUGGAGAACUGAUUUGUUGGGAUGAAAGCUUGGUAGAAUCAGAAUAAUUCUGAAAGCCACGAAACAGUCACUCCUGGAAUGUUUCUAUUAAGGUUUCUUGUAUAUUGUACAAUACUGGUAAGCGCUGAAAAACAAGAUAGAAACACUGUAUAUAUAUUUAUCAAUAUUGUGACCAAGAUGUACGAAGUGUUAGCAAUAUAUUUUUACUGGACAACAUUCCAUUGAUCAAUAAGAGGUUGCAACAUAACAAUCCUACAUUAAGUACCCAGUAUUUUCAUAAUGCAUCACAUUGUGUGGUAGGCGUGAUACACACAUUUAUCACUGUCCAACUUUGGAUCUAUUCCUUCCUGUAUGUAAUCCACCUUGUUAGAUAUUCAGCAUGUUGUUUACAGACACAUGAUUCAGUAUUAUUAAUCUUGGGUCUUGCAGCCCAAAUGUUUGGCCCAAUAUUGCUACAUUUGGGCAAGCUUUAAAGAUAUAAUGUCUACUUUUUGCAAGUUCCAAAACAUUCUUAUUAAGAUGUGUAUGGAAUGGAACAUCUAAAACAUGCAUAAUUUAUCAACUUUGGAUAUUUUUCUGAAAAGAAAAUUUAGCUGUAAAUUUUGGACAGCUUAUGGAUAUAUAGUAUAUCAAGCAGCUAAAUAUCACGACCUUCAAUUAACUAAAGCAAAGCUAUCUCAAAUGCUAUUUUAUUUGUGUAUAAUUGUCAAGUAAUCAAACCCAUGACAAACCUCUGGAUUAAUCACAAUAUCUUGAUGCACUAAUAUUUAGAAGCAUUUUCUAUAUAUGUUUAUGUUUAGUAAAAAUAGUAUAUUUUAAUAGUACUGUACUUAUUUCUAACAUGUAGAAAGUGGUGGAUAAUAACUAUUUAUUUGUACCACAGACAAACUCCAUUUAAAGUUAUUUUGUACAUGAACAUUUCACUGCCCUGAAUCGGGAAUGUCCAGAUGGUUAGUUACCAGAGCCAUGUUGAAAUCUUUCUGCUCUUAGAUCUAUCAGUAGUUCAAGUCACAACGUGUACUCUUCUUCCACGUGAAGUAAACAAGAGCACUGCACUUAACGUAGUCUUUGUCAUGAAGUUCUCCUUUCCCCUGCCCCUUAACCCUAGUGAGGAAUGAGGUAUGAACUCUCAGCAAAGACUUCAAACUAAAUACAGUGGCUGUUGUAAUAGGUUUUUUCUUUUCUUUGCACUUAUUUUAAAAGCUUCUAAAGAAAACACAAACUGAUCCAAAUCAAUGUUACUUAAAUGUUAAGUGCAGUAUUUUGUUCAUACUAUUAUUCAUACUGUCAAAUAUUUCCAAGUACUAUACCUCUUAUAUAUCUGUGAUUUUCUCUCAGUUUUUUUAUAAUUAACAUUAUUGCAGUGCAUGACUGGGCUUUUCCCGGGUUAUAGGCCCCAAUGCAUUUACUAUUAUAUAAUAAUUUGAUCUCAAAGUAAUUUCCUUAAACCAGCCAAUUAUGAAAUAAAGCAUAAUUAGUUUUAUAUACUAAGGAAACCUGCACCUAAGAGUGAAACCUGGGAAUGCCAACCUUUUCCAUGACUCAAGACUCCACCCCAUAACUAGUCCAAGAUGAGACAGUUAUUUAGGAGUACAGUUCUUUGCAAACUAAGAAACAAAUAUACUGGAAUUAUUAUGGUAACCUCUAUAAAUAAAAAAUGUAAUCAGUUUUAAUAACUAUCAUGAGCUUACAGUAGUUAAACAGUAAAAAGAAUUUAGCCCUUACACUGCCAUCAACGAUUAUAUAGUACAAGUGUGACAUUUGUUCCAAGACUGCCCUUAAUGAUUGUGAUAAUUUUUAUUUAUAUUGACACUAAUUUGUAUUCAUGUGGUGUGAUUGUGUGUGAGAAUUCUCACUGUACAGGUUGCUAGCAUCUUCCAAGAUUAAGACAGCAAUGGCAUACAAUGGUAUCGGAUGUCUUUGUGUGGUUUUAUAUGUAUGCUGUGACACUAUUUACACUAAUUAUUACUUGUGAAUUAUUUUCAAUCUAUUGUAUUAUUUAAUUUUAGAUUUAACUAAUAUUUUACUUAUAUUUAUGAAAAAAUAAAAUCACCAAUUUACGUAACAUUCAUAAUUAUUAUUAUUUUGUUUGAUUAUACGAGUUACCUAUUACGACUAUAGUAUUUGUACUAAAGAAUGUUUUUCAAUAGGGCUAUUUAAUUUAAACUCGUGAGCAAAUUUUUGACAACACUGACAGCCCUUCAUAAUCAGACUGCUAUAAAUUGAACAACUGUGUACCCGACCGGGCAAGCAAUAAAAUUUUGUUGUAAAUCAUACCAGUGGAGGGACGUCUAAAUCGUCUGAAACUUGGCAAUGUAAGGGUUAAUAACCUAUAAAAUAUAAUUAGUUUUUAAAUACUGUUUAUGGAAAUUAAAAAAAAAAUACUACUCAGAUAUUUGAUACAAUAUAAAAAAUUCACAUUCAUAACCGACAUUUUAUGAACCAUUAAUUCACUAUUACUGUAUAUGUGUAGACUAUUUUAAGUUAUAGUAUUUUGUUCUGUAAUACAAAUACUGUAUAAUUGUUAUAGUUUUAAUACACUGCUGUGUCAUGGCAAAUAUUGUAACUUUUUUGAUACUGCAUUUAAAGUUGCCUUUCUGUAUGUAAUCACUCUAAGAAAUAAUUAAAUUCUUAUGUCUUAAAUGUUUAGUAGAAUGUUCAUGCAGGUGUUCAUAUUUUACCCUUUUUUGUAAAGGUUAGGCAAUAUGUAUUCUGUAUUGUACUCUGGUUCUUGAGACACCAUCAACUCUAAUGUCACAGCAUAAUGUAAACUAAGGAAUAUAACCAAUGAUAAAACUUGAGUUCAACCUCUAUACACAAAGUAUUCAUAGUAUAACUACCGUGUGUGUGUGUGUUACUUCCAUUCAUAGCCAAUGGCAAAACUGGAGUCUCGUCUCCACAUACCCAUUCAUAUCUUUAGACAAGAAAACAUCUCAAAGUCACUGCACAACUGAGAAUCUCAAAAAAAAAAAAAAAAUAAAAAAAAAAUAAAUGUUAUGUUACUGAAGAUCUAAACAAAUUGCCUCCUGUUAUAAUAUAUUGUACUUUGUGAACCACAUUCAUUCAUCCUCUGAUCAAUUAGACUGUAGAUCCACUGGUGAUCAGUUAUCUAAUGAAACCUUAUUAUCUUCUAGGUUUCUUUAACUGAGCAGACGAUGAGAAAAUUAUGUUACAUUUAAGACAAGAAGUCAUUCUAAAAGCAAUGGAUGUUAUUAUUAAGGUGGUUCACAUUUUGUUAAGAUCAAAUUCUCCUAAUCUUCUUCAGUAUUUGUUAUAUUUAGUACAUAGAGAAAUUUUGUAACUGUAAGGUCACAUCACUUAAAGAACAACUCUGAAGUGUAGAUUAGAUCCUUAUGCCUAAAGUAGAAAAAAUGACUAAAACUUCUCCAAUAUAUCAUACGAGGCAAUGUACUGUGAUGUUAUUAAUAAAUACAUUAUGAAUUUUAUAGAAAGAUUUCCAUAUAUUACUCAUUCUGAGAGUUCAGCCAACAGUGGCAAUAAAAUAAACAUGUUUUCACCUAUUAUGUA